GUUUUGGCCAGUUUGACUUUCAGUUCUUUCAUUUUUUAUGUGUUACAGUUUGUGGGUUUUUAGUGUUUUAUUGAGUGUUAUAGAAUUUUGUUACAUUCUAGAGCUUAUUAUGUUGUCAAUUUUGGAGUCUUGAAUGGAUGGGGUUUGUUUUUGUCCAGUUUUGACUUUCAAUUCUUUAGUUCUUUUGUGCUGCUACUGUUUCUGGGUUUUUCGAGUGUUGUAGAAUUUCGUUACACCCUAUGGCUUAUUUUCUUGUGAAUAUGGGUGUUUUUGAAUUGAUGGAUUUUUUCUUUUUUAUCCAGUUUGACUUUCAAUUCUUUCGUUUUUUCGAGAUACUGUUUCUUGAUUAUUUAGAAUUUCGUUACAUUAGAGGGCUUAUGCUGAUUAAAGACUUGUGCUUUUAAGUACUUCAUGUUGCUUUCUGCCUGUAUUAUGUGCUAUGUUUAUAAUGCUGAUUUUUUCUCCUUUCUGUUUGACUUUUUUCACCCUUUGAAGGGUUGGUAAGAGAAAAGGACCGUUAGGUGUUGAGCGUAGUGUUUUUGUUGGGCAAAACAAUUUUUCUUAAUCAACAUAUGUAGUCAUUUCUAAAUAGGAAUUCUGUCAAGUGGCUCAAGAUUUGCUUUAGAAUUCAUGUCGCUUCGCAUGAUCGUGAAAAUUGAUAAAUUUGCUUCAUUUAAUGUGCCCUUGAUUUCUAAGUCCUUUCUUAGAACCCAGAGUUUAGUUACUUUUCAGUGACACCGAUCCUAUUUUUCUAUUCGUUGAGAUUCUUGAUUACUCAUACUUCUGUAUAGUAGUACUCGCUCUGUCCCAAUUUAUGGGAAGAUGCUUGACUGGGCACGGGGUUUAAGAAUGAGAGGAAGACUUUUGAAACUUAUGCUCCAAAAUAAGCUAUAAAUAUUUGUUUAGCUAUACACCAUUGCAUUAAGGGUAAAAGGUGAAGUUUAAAGUUACAUUGUUAUUAGAUAUAGAAAGGUGUCAUUCUUUUUGGGACUGACUAAGAAAGAAAGAGUCACAUAAAUUGGGACGGAGGGAGUAGUAUUUUGUGAGCUAUGUAUGUAGUACUUUGUCCAAGUCAAUGAACAGAUCCUUCCUCCAGGUUUUGACGUUCUCUUUGAUUCGAUCAACCCCUCUGAGUCUCUCUCUGUUGCCUGAUACUAAAGACCCAAAAACCCCAGGAGAAUAUUGGGGCAAAAUAUAGCAGGAAGAAGAAGUUCCACCGCAUUGAUCUUAUAACAUUUUUAAGGUUUUGGUGGAUGAGGGCUCUCACCUGGAAGAUUCAUUGUCUUUGCGCUUAAGUAAGGAUAAUGGGUACCCCUAGAGACCAAGCAACAGAUGAAGUGUUCCCCGAGAAUUUAGAGCAGAAGACGGACCCUGACCCUGCAACCAGGAAACCAGAGUUAAGCGAGAAAAGGAGCUUUGAACCAUUUUCAGCUGAUGUUGUUUCUGGUGAGCUGCAGAAGAGACUGAGUCCUGAUGCUGAUGCACAAGCAUCAAAAAAUAAUCCAGAGGAAAGUAAACAUCCUUCAACAUGCCAAGAAGUGUCAAGUAAAGUCCAGCUUAGUCAAAGUAAUAAAAGGAUUAAGAGUGAGGCUGAUGCAUCUGGAUCUAGUCAACUUUCUAGUUUACCAAAGGACUCGGAUGCAAAAUCAUGUGGAUCAGAAUCUGGUGUAGAAGAGAAAGUGGUUCCCCUAUUAUCUGGUAAGGCUUCAGAUUCUUCUGGUCAAAUGCAAAGUCCGAACACGGAAGUUUCUGCAUCAGAAUCUGAUCAACAACGAGUGACUUAUCCCAUAAAGUAUGAGAAAGCUUUGGAUAAGUUGCAACCAAGGCGGAACCCUGACACUAGUGUCCACGGGAUGACAUCUGAUCAAGCAAUGACUCGCUUCAAGGUACCUGAAAAACCAUCAGAAGAUGGAUAUAACUGGAGAAAGUAUGGUCAGAAGCUUGUCAGAGGAAAUGAGUUUACUCGGAGUUAUUACAAGUGCACAUAUCCUAAUUGUCUAGUAAAAAAGCAAGUGGAGAGAUCACAUGACGGGCAUAUUACAGAUAUCCACUAUGUCGGGAAACAUGAACAUCCCGAAACUCUAAGUGGUCCCCAGACCUCCCCAGAGCUGGUACUCCCUUUGCAAAUGAGACGACCAGAUGUUCCAAUUGUCACUACAUUAGAAGCUGAAAACAAGAAAUCUACUGCGCCCCGAGAAACAUGUGAACCUAGUAAACCAUCAGAGGCUCUGCUUGCGUUGGACACUGUAUCAGCUUGUGGUGGUGUGAAGGUUACUCCUUUGAAGCCACAUAAAAUAGAAAAUGAGGUUGAUAAAAAUGAUAGUCCAGACUCAAAAAGACGAAAAAAGGAUAUAGUAGCUAUGGAUGUUACUCCACCUGUUAAGUCGCAUAGUGAAGCACGACACGUUGUUCAGACCGUGAGCGAAGUAGAUAUAGUCAACGAUGGUCAGCGCUGGCGCAAGUAUGGGCAAAAAUUUGUAAAAGGCAAUCGAAAUCCGAGGAGUUAUUAUAGAUGCUCAAUUGCUGGUUGCCCUGUCAAGAAGCAUGUGGAGAGGGCAUCCCAUGAUCCAAAAUUGGUCAUUACAACAUACGAAGGGCAGCAUGUCCAUAAUUUCCUUAUUUCUAGGGCUGUCAGCCAAAUAGCAGCGGUGCCUGAUGCCGGUACAACAGGAGUCGUACGUGCAGAUUCCAGAAUUGAAUCUGGUAAAAACAAACAUGUCAGAGAGUCCAGAACUGAAUUGGGUGAAAACAAACAUGUUGGAGAGGCCAAAAUGAAAUCGGGUGAAAACAAACAUGUCGGAGAGUCCAGAAUUGAAUCGGGUGAAAACAAACAUGUCGGAGAGUCCAAAAUGAAAUCGGGUGAAAACAAACAUGUCGGAGAGUCCAGAAUUGAAUCGGGUGAAAACAAACAAGUCGGAGAGUCCAGAACUGAAUUGGGUGAAAACAAACAUGUCGGAGAGUCCAAAUCUGAGUCGGGUGAAAACAAACAUGUCAGAGAGCCCAAACUUGAAUCAGGUGAAAACAAAUACGUCAGAGAGUCCAGAAUUGAAUCAGGUGAAAACAAACAUGUUGGAGAGACCACAUCUGAAUCGAGUGAAAACAAACAUGUCGGAGAGUCCAAAUCUGAAGCAGGUGAAAACAACCAUGUUGGAGCAUCCAUAUCUAAAUCGGGUGAAAAUAAACAUGUCGGCCUUGACAUGGCUGUUCAUAUUGGUGCAAAUUGAGUGUUAGUCGUUGAUGCAAAGCGAUCAACUUAUCCAGAGGUAGAGUUCCUACAGCACCAUUCCUCUAAUCUUACAAAUUUGUUCAAUUGUUCUCUUCCUGUAAGGGGAGAAGAGAAGGUUACAUUUCUAUAGGUAAACUUUUUAGCUUGUUAUUGGCGAUGGGGGUGUGUUAUCGUGUAUUCACUGUAUAAAUUAUGUUUCGUAGCAAACAGGAAAGUGAAUGUAGGGUUUAUCAUAAAUAACCAAUUAUUGACAGUU